UUCUAAGUCAGCACUCACAGAAAGCAUCGUUCAGGAAGUUAAACUUGCAACUGCUGCGAUCACAGCUUGUAGACAUAAACAGCAGACGUACGUAUAGUUAGAAAUAAAGAAAUUAAGACUUGAGCUUUUUCUGAACAUUUUGCCAGCUAGCCUGUAGCAAUGGACAAGCUUCGUCGUGUGUUAAGCGGCCAAGAGGAAAAUGAAGAGUUGGGUCUCACUGCACAGGUCCUUGAUGCCACCUCUCUCAGCUACAGCACCAGGGUGAAAUGGUUCGUCAUAUGCUUUGCUGGAGGCAUCCUGUGUUCAAUUCUCGGUUCAGCACUGCUCUUCCUUCCAAACGGAAUCAAGCUUUUUGCUGUCUUCUACACACUAGGGAAUGUCGCAGCUCUUGCCAGCACCUGCUUCCUCAUGGGACCUCUGAAACAACUGAAGCGCAUGUUUGAACCAACAAGACUGAUAGCCACCAUUGUUAUGCUGCUCUGCCUCGUCUUAACACUGUGUGCAGUGUUUUGGUGGCAUAAAAAAGGACUGGCUAUCAUAUUCUGCAUUCUUCAGUUUUUGGCAAUGACAUGGUAUAGCAUCUCUUACAUUCCAUUUGCCAGGGAUGCUGUGAUGAAAUGCUUCACAACCUGUCUGAGUUAGGACACCUUACUUCACAAUUUCAUUGGAAGACUGGUCCUGAAAUGCAAAGUGCAAGAACAGUGGCUCUGUAAAAUAUACAUCUGUAUUGUUUGUACCUAUAUCCAGAUCAGAUUUUUACUGUGGCUUUUUCGUACUGUGAAUUCUUGCUUUUUAAGUCUAGCUGAAGGUCUCUAACUAUAAUCAGAUUAUAACACUUUUCUUUUGCUUUUGAUGUGAGAGACAUGAGUGCCUUUAAUGCAUAAUAUAUUUAAAGAUAUUCCUAUUUUCAGAGGAUUUUAUACCAUUUAAGUGCAGGGAAGUGAUUUUGACUUUGCUAUACAUUGUUAUUUGCAACACAAGUGCCUUUACAUUAUUGACAUAGUGACCAACCAUAUAUUUACAUCUUAAACAGUGUGAGAUUUCAUUUACUUCUGGAUUUUUAAAUGGUGUUCUGACUUCUUACACACAAGCAUUAUUAAAACACACCGUCUGUCUGCGUUCUGUCUAUCUAUGAGGCACUGAUGUAUAAAGAGGCUCUCAGAUGUGCUUCCAUGUUUAUUUAUGAUUAUUUCCCCUUAGGAAAUUGAGGCACUGCUUCACUGAUGAUGCACUGGGAUAUAUGAUAGCUCUAUCACAGCUCUUUUGAGGUUUUUCCAGCUAAAGAGAUUUAAAAAAGCAUCUCCUGUCUAGUCUGUUAGUCCUCAACAUGUAUUUGAACACACCUGCCCCCCCUUAGCUCAUCAAAUUACAUUAAAAUUGCUUAAACUUGAUUUCCUGCCAGAUGUAGCAAUGACCCAGUUAAUUACGCUUUUCUGAGCAUUGUGGUUUUGACGUGACCUAAUAACCCAGCGUAGCUUGCAUCGGGUUCCCUGUAUUGCUCCGGCAUGAUGGCAUAGCCUUUGAGGAUGCGGUUGUCAUGACAACCUCCUCCAUAAGAUUCCUAACCUCAGCCUUCCCCCCAUCUGUGGUGCAGAUGUUCACAUUAUCCUGAUGAGGAGAAUUUUUUUUUCUUCUUCUUCUUCUUCUUUAUAGAGCACCUUGGAAUGGUAACCAGUCACGGGUCUCUCCCAAGAUAUUUUUUAUAAAGUGAAAUAAUGAUUUUAAAACAAUUGUAUCUAAAUGUGGCAUCAAUAGCCACAUACUGAAAGUCCCAGUGCACCCGGUCUCCCUGUGUAUGAGCUGCAGGAUUUGCUAUAGGUUUAACAAGCAUGCCUCCAGGUUUUUUUUUCUGCUUGAUGCUACUAAAUAACAGCACUUCCUGUUGUGCAGCCCCCACAUAGUUUCAUUAGGCGCUUGUAUAAUGUGGUGCUGGAUUAGCAUGGACCAAAUCUCCCCUCAGUACUACUUGUUCAGCUAACUUGGCAGAGACCCAGUGAAUCCUUGAGCAAUUAAUCUUCGGGAUAGAAUAAUUCUGUUGAAUGAGGAGAAGCGUGGUUGUUUUUGUGAUCGGUUUUCUUUGCCCGCCAUUUUUGGAUUACAGAGAAGUUUCGGGAUGAAGCCCUGACCCCGGCAAUCUGUCAGAGUCCUCCCAACUGUUUCCUCUUCAUUACAUCUAAUCCAUUGUUAUGUCAGAGAGGAGAGGGGAUCCCACGCCACAGCAAGCACUGAAAUUAAACAAGUCUGUGUGUCCUCUUCAGCUUAAUGAUCCAGCUCAUCCUGUAAAAAUGAAUAAAUAACUUGGCCUGUGUUGUCAUGGGUAAUUUAAUUGCCUGUUUUUUUUAUUGGAAGAGUGAGUCAGUGGACUGUUGGCCUUUUUGAUUUUGUUAAAGGAUUACAUUAAAACAUAUAUACAAACACAACUUUACUGAUAGAAAUUCAAACACAACACGUCUUGGGCCUAAUGUAGCAUAUUCAUUAUUUCCUCUUUUAAAACAAGUAAUGUAUACGCCAUAAUGUAAAUGAUCAGGGUAAUUUACUUAAAUUCCAUGUGUUGUGGAAUUAAUCACCAGAAGAACUGAAUAAUAAUGUUUUGAAUGACUCAAUGGUGAAAUGUUUUCUCGGGCAGUAACA